AUGGACACAACUGGCAUUCACGAGAUGGCGGCUGCCGAGAACUCUCUCUAUCGGAUGCGGAUAACCAAUCUGAUAAAUGACGUCGGCCCCCUAUUAUCCUCACAAUCGCCGGACGCCGUAGACCAUACGCGUCUGGCGCAAGGACUUAGGCUGGAGGCGGCGAUUCAAGCUAACAUCAGCGGUGUACUCGCUAUAAAGGGUGUUCCGAUUAUCUCCACCGACGAGCCGGGUUCGGUCUGUCAACGUUUGCUACAUAAUACGACAGACGGCAUGUACGAUUAUAUCGAGGCUCAACAUCGUUGCCGCGACUGUCACUCUGAAUGGAAGCCCCUCACAUCCGACCAGCUAGCCGCGGUCAGGCAAUUCGAGGAUUUGCUUGAGUCGGUCGGCGUCGUCAUCGAGGACGGGGAUCACAGAGUCUGGUGGCGGUGUCUCGAAAUGUCACACGAGGAUCACCACCUUUACCGAAACAGCAGUGCCUUCGAGCUAUACCGUACGUUGGAGUGUUACGGCCUGGCUCCGCCUUUUACUUCGCGCGCGCGAGACGGCAGCAACGAAACUUGGGGUCCACAAGUUGUGAAUGCAUGGGAACAUGUAGAAGCCCAGUUGUACGCAUUACGUGCUUCUUUAUUGAAGCAGCGCGGCGUAUUGCAACAUCUCAUCGACCACACCGAGGAUAUACUGGUCGCCACAUACGAACAACUCUAUACAGGAGCCCCAGGGUCGGACGCUGAUCUGGCUCGGCGCUUUCACGCAAGAGACGGAGAACCUCCCGGCGGUCUCCGUGCUAUGAAGCAGUGGGCAGAUGGAUGGAAGAAGUGUUUUGCAGAGGACUGA